AUGUACAACGCAUCGAUCGCGAGCCCCAGGUCGACCGCCGGGUUGUUUCUGAUCAAUCGCAGGGCCUUUCUCUGCAACCUCAGAUGCAGUAGCCACUACCACCAGUCUCCACAGCAAUGCAACCCUGAGCAGCGCACGGGCGCAGGGGAGACGGAGGGAGGUGCAAGGGAGCUGGGGAGGGGUCUGCGUGAUGCUGCUGGAAGAGGGGAGGCGUUGCUUAGCAUUGCUUUUCCAAUGGGGAUCAGGAUCAGGAACAGCUGCGUGGCCUCCUUUGAUGGGGGAGGGGGAGGAAGGGAGGGAGGGCAGGCACUAUGGGGAUCCACAUCAGCUGUGCGGCUCCCUUCGACGGGGGGGGGCAGAAUCAUGGAGCAAGGAAGGAAGCAACUCAGAAAUGAAAGAGUUGAGAGAGGGGGGGGAGCUGGCUCCUCAGAUCUGUGCAAACUAAUAUAAAAAUAUAGUUUGACUUUUCUUACUUGUUUAGUUACUUCUCAAUCUAGUAAGUAUUGGAUCUCUCAUAACGAUAUCCAAACAUGAAAUGAAGAUUAUUUAUUUAUUUAUUUAUUUGUAUUUCAUAAACUUUAAUGAGUUCGGAGGGUGGUAGAUCACUGCCAGUUUUUGAUACUUGUUGGUAGAUCACAGGCAAACUUGAGGUUGGACGUGCCUGGUGUACAGGAACAUAAUUCCCUCCCCUCCUAGGUUAAAGUCUGCAUACUGCAUCUACUAAAAAGCUAUGGCCAUGGAGUGGGGGGGGGGAGAGAAUUACCUUUAAAGCCAAACUCCGACUGCAAGGCAAACUGAUGGAGCAAGGCUAAUCAAUAGCAUGAUCAAUAGUUUAAGAAACAGUUUACAAAUAAGUUACAUGCUUUCUGACUUCUGAGGACACAGUGGUGAGAAAUCCUGCAGCUUUUCAUAAAUUACUUAUUUCAGAGUUCAUAACAGAGUAGUUAUAACAGAGUAGCUGUAAACUGUUCUCGAAAUCAAAAUUUUGAUAAUGCCCUGGGAGCUAGCAUUGCCCAAUCAAUCCUGAUUAGCAAUACAGGCAACUCCCCAUUUGUGCGCAAUCAACACAUGCGCGGCCACUGAUGCACGUGCCAUUUUUGGCACUGCAAGGGGGUGGGGCAGAAUGGGGUGGGGCAGGCUUAUGCGCAUCCCACAGAUGUGCACAGUGCCUUGGAACGCAGCCCCCCAAGUAAAUAUGGAGUUGCCUGUUAGAUUACAAAGACACAUUGUUGUUGUUGUUGUUUACUCGUUUAGUCGUGUCUGACUCUUUGUGACCCCAUGGACCAGAGCACGCCAGGCACUCCUGUCUUCCACUGCCUCCCACAGUUUGGUCAAACUCAUGCUGGUAGCUUCGAGAACACUGUCCAACCAUCUCGUCCUCUGUCGUCCCCUUCUCCUUGUGCCCUCCAUCUUUCCCAACAUCAGAGUCUUUUCCAGGGAGUCUUCUCUUCUCAUGAGAUGGCCAAAGUAUUGGAGUCUCAGCUUCAGGAUCUGUCCUUCCAGUGAGCACUCAGGGCUGAUUUCCUUGAUAGGUUUGAUCUUCUUGCAGUCCAUGGGACUCUCAAGAGUCUCCUCCAGCACCACAAAGACACAUUAGUCCACUAUAAAUUUAGCAUAAUCCAGUAGGUUGAAUGCAGACUAUAUCUGUUGAAUGUUGGUUACAUUUCUACAUGGGUUAAAUAUUCACAUUUCUAAGUGGUGCACUUAAAGACAAUCGACAUAAAUUUACAUCUAUAGGACAUGAUAGUCAUAGUUUAACUGCAGUUCUGUUUCAGUAGGAACUAAGGUCAGGCUCCAAGUCUGUAGAAGCAGCUACAAAGGACAGGCGUUGGAUUUGAAAGGGUUCAGAAAACCUCACAUUACUACGUGUCUCUUUUUUGCAGGGAUGGGGCACCUGUGGCCCUGUAGCUGUGUGUGGACUCCAAAUCCCAUCAGCCCCUGCCAGCCCAGACAAUGGAUGAUGGGAGUUGUAGUCCAACAUCAACCAGAGGGCCACAGGUUGCCCCUGCCCUGCUCGAUUGCAUUCCCCAGCUGGAAGUUGUACUUAGAAAUGUGGAAGCGAGUGUCCCCAUAGAAGAACUUUAGAAUGCUUUGAAUAACUCUCGCAACUGAUGAAGGUAUAAUGAAGUCAAACAAGAUUUAAUAAGGAUAAAGUUUAUUGAAAAAUAGAGGCAAGUAAUUAAGAAAACAAAGAAGCCAUAUCAAGGAAGUCGGAAGUUGAUGGAAUAUUUUUGUAAAUUUGUGAUGUACCGUAUUGUUCUAUUGUUUUUGUUUGUAAGAGAUAUAUUGUACUUCGUUUUGUAUUCUUUUUUCUUUUUUCAAGCUUUUGUUGUGUGUGUAAAUGUUGAUUUUAAUCCAAUAAAGAUAGAUAUAUAUAUAUAUAUACACACACAUACACACACACAUAUAUAUGCAGGGGGAUCACGCAAAGGUAAUCUAGCUCAGCUGUCAGCUCUUCUCCCCUUUGCAGAGCAGCACUCUGUAUGGGGCUUAGGCAGGGCCAGAUUUAGGUUUGAUGUGGCCCUAAGCUACUGAAGGUAAUGGGGCCCUUUAUAUGUCCAGCUGUCCUUUGUCAACAACAAAUUGUCGUCGUUUUUUGUGUGUGUUGAACAUAUGUUAUAUAGUAAUUUAUGGACCUAAUAGGUAUCUAAAGCCAUUUAUCAGUCUACAAGCCCUCUUUAAUAUUAGAUAACAGGUACAACAGCUUGACCUACACUCAACUGUGCUGCCCUGCAGUCUGCAGCUGCAUGCUACAUCUUGCCAUGCAACCAGUCCAUGCAGAAUGUCAGCACUCUAUACAGUGGUACCUUGGGAUGCGAACAGGAUCCGUUCCGGAGCCCUGUUCGCAUCCUGAAGUGAACGUAACCCAUGUCCGCGCGUCUGCACGUGCGCGGGUCACGUUUCAGCGCUUCUGCGCAUGCGCGUGGCAUCAUUUUGACAGUCUGCGCAUGCGCAUGCGGUGAAACCCGGAAGUAACACGCUCCGUUACUUCCGGGUCGCCGUGGAGCGCAACCCGAAUUUGCCUAACUCGAAGCGUAUUCAUCCUGAGGUAUGACUCUAUACAGAAAUGAGCAAACCAGUGAUAUUUUAGGGAGCAGGCUAGCAGGCGGGGCCCAUUACUUACAUCAUAGGAGUCUACACAACACAAAACACUGUUGCUGAAUGUAGGUUUUAUUUUAUUUGUCUUUUAUAUUAUAUUUUGGAAAUGUACAUCCAGUUUUUUUCCCCUUUAAUUUUUUUGAGGGGGCCCAAGAGAGUGGGGAGAGCUAUAGCUUGUUUAGCUUAUACAGUGGCACCUCGGGUUAAGUACUUAAUUCGUUCCGGAGGUCCGUAUUUAACCUGAAACUGUUCUUAACCUGAAGCACCACUUUAGCUAAUGAGGCCUCCUGCUGCUGCCGUGCCGCCGGAGCACGAUUUCUGUUCUUAUCCUGAAGCAAAGUUCUUAACCCGAGGUACUAUUUCUGGGUUAGCGGAGUCUGUAACCUGAAGCGUAUGUAACCUGGAGCUUCUGUAACUCGAGGUAGCACUGUACGUAAUUCUGGCACUUUCUUAGCCAGAUCUGGGAAAUGAAUCACAGAAUUGUAGAGUUGGACGGGACCCUGAGGAUUUCCAGCUGAACCCCCUGUGAUGCAGGAAUAUGAAUAUGUAGGCACUGUGUACACACUCUAUUAUUUAAAAAGUGACUUAGUCUCUUUUCUUCUGGAGGCUGUGGGAGGUCAGCGUGAUAUUGUUGUUCAAUAAGUUUUAUUUAUGAAUAAUAUUAAAUAUGGAGAGAGAAGAAUAUUUAACCUCAAAGCCUUGGCAGCUUCCAUACAUCAGCAUUUUAGGCCUCAGCCCAGCAAACAGCCUACUGAACAGCCUCCCUUGCUUCUUUAGAUGCCUCUAAUCUUCUCAUCGGGGGAAAAAGAAGAGAAAGUUGGAUGUUAAGAACCCACAGGCCUAAUGGGAUGGCAUAUUUGCUUGCUUGCCUCAGUCUGAAUGGAAAGGUGAGUAGUAUAUUUUAUUUAUGUUUACUUAUGUGGCGCUGUGGGUUAAACCACAGAGCCUAGGACUUGCCGAUCAGAAGGUCGGCGGUUCAAAUCCCCGUGACGGGGUGAGCUCCCGUUGCUCGGUCCCUGCUCCUGCCAACCUAGCAGUUUGAAAGCACAUCAAAGUGCAAGUAGAUAAAUAGGUACCACUCUGGCGGGAAGGUAAACGGCAUUUUCGUGCGCUGCUCUGGUUCGCCAGAAGCGGCUUAGUCAUGCUGGCCACAUGACCCGGAAGCUGUACGCUGGCUCCCUCGGCCAAUAAAAGUGAGAUGAGCACCGCAACCCCAGAGUCGGCCACGACUGGACCUAAUGGUCAGGGGUCUAUUUACUUUUUAUUAUAUUUAUUAGAUGCCUUUUUGGGAAAAAGAGAAAAAAAAACUUGAAAACAUUAAAAACAAGGAUAAAACAACUUAAAACUCACAAGAAAUAUGAGAAGAACAGAUCCAACUCCACCCCAGAAAAAGAUAAACAGAAAAUUAAGAUACAAAGGCCUGGAUAAAUAAGGAUGAUUUUGCCUAGUACCUAAAAUCAGAUAGUGAUGGCACCAGGCAUGUGCUCGUGGAAGGGCAUUCCAUAAACAGGGAGCCACCACCAAGAAGGCCCGUUCUCAUGUUGCCACACACCGUAUCAGAUAGGGACAUGGAGAAAGGCUUCAUAAUAAGAAUGCAAGGACUAUUCAUGUGGGUAGAGGCAGUUCUUCAAGUACUGGUAGUCUGAGCCGAAUAAGGCUUUAUAGGUCAAAAUCAGCACUUUGAAUUGGGCCCAGGAAUUGGUUGAUAGCAGUGCAAUUGAGCCAGGAUUGGUGCUAUGUGUUCGGAUAGUGUUCCAUGGUGAGCAACCUCCCUGCUGAAUUCUGCACCAGCUGCCAUUUCCAGUCUCCAAAGGCAGCCCCACGUAUAACAUAUAGUCAUACCUCAUCUUACAUUUGCUUCAUGUUAUGUUUUUUCAGGUUGCGUCCCACGGCGACCCGGAAGUACCAGAAAGGGUUACUUCCGGGUUUAGCCGCUCGUGCAUGUGCAGUAGGGCUAAAUUGCGCUUCGUGCAUGUGCACAAGUGCUAAAUCAUACCUCGCACCUGUGCAGAUACGGCGCUUCCGGUUGUGGGCUUUUCACGUUGCGAACAGGCCUCCAGAAUGGAUCCUGUUCGCAACCAGAGGUACCACUGUAUUGCAGUAAUCUAACCUAGAGCUUACCAGAGCAUAGACAACAGAAUUUAGGCUAUCCAUGUCCAGAUAUGGGUGCAGCUGGGGCCACCAGCAAAAGCUGAUGGAAGGCACUCGGCACUGCCAAAGCCAUGUGAGCCUCAAGCAAAAGUACUGGAGCGACAAGUACCCCCAAGCUAUGCACCUGAUCCUUCAGUCUUCUCUGUAUUAAGCUUCAGUGAAUUGGCUCUCAUCCAGUCUUUUACCAAGGCUAUCUAUCUAUCUAUCUAUCUAUCAUCCAUCCACACACACACACACACACACACACACACACACCCCUAUAUGCAAGACUGUACUUUGGUGCCUUGGCCUAUACAUGUUGCCAUGGAAACUGCAAAGUUCUAGGUAACAGUUGAUGUAACUCCUAAUCCCUUUUAAUGGCGGUGACUGUACAAGUCCUACACUAAGCAGAGACAGCUGCACAUAUCUAUAGAAACCACAGGGUGCCGGAGAAGAGUGCUAGCCAGGCCUCUCAUCUUUUGUGAUGGCAAGGAGGCAGUGUUAAUGUACAUCGUGCACCUAGCAGCGAUGGCUCCAUGUUUCCAUGGAUACCGGAGGAUUCUGCUUGCCUUUGAACAGGCCCGGAUCUUUGUUCCUGGGAGGGAAUUCUACAGGCUGCCAAGUCAUAUUGGCAAUCGGAACAGAAGCCCUCCCAGGCGACUGCUGUGGGCUGCAACAAUUUACUUGCGCAUGUUUAAGUAUUCAAAACCCACCCACGGAAGUGGCACCUCGCUCCCCUUCACCUGAGCAAUCAGCGAGGCAAAAAUCACUGGUGUUAACACAUCAAUCCACAGCUUGCUGCUUCCCCAGGAAUAUGUUUAGUACAUCCUGUUCAAUGUCACUCAUGCAUAGAUCGCAUCUGUUCAGCCAAUUUGCUCUUGUAAGCAACUGCAAAGUCUCCUCCGUCAGGUGUUAUCAAAGUUCCCUGGGUGGGUAGCCUGCUGAUUAAACACAUUGGCACCUGUAAGCUGGUAUAAAGGUCAGGUGAUUUUAUGCCAACGUGAUGAGCUGAAGAAACAGGCAUUACCAUAAAUAAGGGUGUUUACUGUUACCACUAAGGGUGGCGCUGUGGGUUAAACCACGGAGCCUAGGACUUGCCGAUCAGAAGGUUGGCGAUUCGAAUCCCCGCGAUGGGGUGAGCUCCCAUUGCUCGGUCCCUGUUCCUGCCAACCUAGCAAUUCAAAAGCACGUCAAAGUGCAAGUAGAUAAAUAGGUACCGCUCUGGCGGGAAGGUAAAUGGCGUUUCCAUGCGCUGCUCUGGUUCGCCAGAAGCGGCUUAGUCAUGCUGGCUACAUGACGUGGAAGCUGUACGCUGGCUCCCUCGGCCCAUAAAGCGAGAUGAGCGCCGCAACCCCAGAGUCGGUCACAACUGGACCUAAUGGUCAGGGGUCCCUUUACCUUUACCUUUACUGUUACCACUGUAGCUGCAGGUUCGGUUUGCCUUCCGGUACUCGCUGUCAACACCAUUACUGCUGCUCCUUCUGGUUUCAAGUAGUUGGGAAUCCAUCCUGCUCAGCUAGCUUUUAGUUAAACUAGUCCCUGGCCUCUGCUUGGGUCUCCUGCUGCUGCUUGCACAAGGAAACUGGAAGGUGCUUCAGGCAGGAGAGUCAAUAGUUCAUUCUUAGAGGUUCUUAGGGCACUAUCAAGAAACUCCCAUCCUUUUUCAAGCCUUUUAUGAAGGCUACUGCCGUCUCACACAGGAUGAAAGAGCGCUCUCUCGCCAUUAACUCCUCAAACACUGGCGCUAAGGUUGCAGUCCUGUACUCAGGUACCUGGCGUAGGAAUGGGGGAGAAGUUUUGGUUCAUUUUAAUGGGAACCUGUUUAAUUUGCUCUUCCCAAAACAAUCUUUCAAAAUUUGUUAGCCUUUGAAAUUCGUUCUUCUCUGAAUUUUGCAAUAGAGGUCUCUGACUAAAUAAUGUGUAUAAAAAUAUGUAUAUUGAGGUAAAGUGUCCUCUAUCUAUCUAUCUAUCUAUCUAUCUAUCUCUGGGGUGAGACCACACAAAAUGCAUUAUAUUUGGGGAAAUGCCUUGCAAAAGUGAAUAUAUGAAGCAAAAUUUCAUCUUAAAAUGCGUAUAUUAAGAGCACUAAAAUGCUGGUGAAUUUUCAUGAUUACAAUUUUUUUAAAUAGUAAACUGAUGCAGAAAUGGGGGAGAACUAAACUUAAGACUGGACCUUUGUUUUCUAUACAAAAGAGUUAUUUCUAUAUUCAAGGGAGUAUUUACUCAACAGGAAUUGUUGGCAUCCCCGUUAUCUGUGGUUAACUGUGCACUUGAACAGAUGGCUAACCAGUUUUAUAUAAACUACAGUCGUAUCUUGCUUCUUGAACGGAAUCCAUUCCGGAAUUCCGUUCAACUUCUGAAAAUGUUCGGAAACCAAGACGUAGCUUCCGAUUGGCUGCAGGAAGCUCCAUUGAAUGUUCGGCUUCCGAAAAAAAGUUCACAAACUGGAACACUUACUUCUGGGUUUGCCGAAACUUUCAUGUCACAAGGCGUUCAAGAACAAAGGUAUGCCUGUACUUCCAUUUGGUAAUGCGUGCCUUGGUACAGCCAUGGUUCUCUGCAUGGGGCUGCCCUUGAAGGUGGUUCAGAAAUGUCAGAGCCUAGUUGGAGAGGCCACUUUAUUCUUUCAUGAUUAUAUUCCAAUAUAUCCGUUGCCUCUUUGUUUCCAGGCCCAGCUGAAGAAACUGCUUUUGAUCUUCAGAACAUAG